AUGCCGGGGCCCAAUUUGCCCGAAUACCGUCAUGCCCGCGGUAACAGUCUGAGUAUUCACAACGCCAAUGGCGUAUCUACACCCGCGGCUCCGCGAUUUGACGGUCCUCGCAGCCCUCCGAACACUUCGCAUGUCCCCUGCAAGUUUUUCCGCCAAGGCGCAUGCCAGGCGGGAAAUGCCUGUCCUUUCAGUCACGACCUCUCGUCCGCAUCCGAGAAUAUCUGCAAAUACUUCGCCAAGGGAAACUGCAAAUUCGGCCCGAAAUGCGCCAAUAUCCAUGUCCUCCCCGACGGGCGACGCAUAAACUAUGGCAAGCAUGGUGUGACGAUCGGACCUGCGCUACCGACGCUUUCGCCAGUGAGGCCGACAACAGCCACCCAGACCAACAACUACCACCCUUCGACGAGUGCACUUACGAACGGUCUAUAUCGUGCCGAGGGCAUCCCGCCAUAUACUCCCACCUACACGUCCUUCCAGACUGCGACUGACGAUGGACACCAUCACCUUGGUCGCCAGCCCAGUCUUGAGAACGGCCUUCCCACUAUCGAUACGCCUGGAUAUUCAGGCUCCGUAUACGGCUCACCACGCGACGACGAUGCGAGCCGGUAUGGCCUUGCGUUGUCGCCGGCAAAUGCAAAGGGCCUCUCCGUCCUAGAUGCUCCGCUGCCCGCUUCGUUUGAUUCCAAUGGCAUUUCAAAUGCUGCCCGAUACCCCGCAGGCCCGUGGCCAUCUUCCGUUCCCUCCAAAUUCGGCCUUGAAUCGCCCUCGCCGUCGCUCAACGCUGCCAAGGACUCGAGGACGUCAGAAGCUUUGAAGCUCCUCCAUACCUCUGCCUUUGGCAGCAGUGAACACCUUUCUCCCAAUAUCCCACCAUCCAGCAGUCCGUCAGCCGGCUUUUUAGACGAACCUUUCGCCAAGCGUACCCUCCACUCAAGUCGGUACACCAAGACUCGAGUGCUCAGUUCGAGCUUACCCAAGCCAGCCACCGUAGAUAGGGACUGGGAGGCUGAGUUUGCUUUCCUCGAAGAAGAUUACGUGCCCCAAAAUCUACAAGAUCUUCUCACCCCCGCCGAGAAGGCUCGCCGUGGCUCUCUCCGGGCGGUAGAUGCCGAAAGACCCGAGGGCAUCACAAAGUAUGGGAGCCCGAUCGGUGCUGCCAGCCCUAGUCGAUGGGGCCCUCUCUUCCAGCGCCAGCGAGAAGAAGAACUGGAAAGCAGGGCUAUCAAAGCAUCUGCAUUUGGCCACGUAGGCAGUCCUCUCCGGAAUUCGAGCCUCGCCGAUGAGAUUGAUAGCCGACAGAACGGUUCCCAUCUUCUCUCUGGAUCGAGGUCCGGUGGUGAUUCCAAUUCCAUGUCGGCCUUGACUCAACAGUUGCAGCGCACGCGUUUGAAUGAGGAAACGGGUAGCCCACUGCUGCACCCGAAUUCGGCCGUCGGACGAAGCGUGGGUGUCGUGGCCCCUAGGGAGCGAGAUAGGACGAUUGAACGACAUGUGUCCACUGGAUCCAUCGGCUCGACAUUAGCCCGCAUAACGACCCCCAUCGACGAAGAAGAUGCCACUUUCGUCUUUAGAAUGGAAGAAGAAGAAGACCAGCAGCCCAGUCGAUCGCGAAGGAACCACCCUUCCGGCCUCGGAUGGAGCCUAGCCGGAUCCAAUAAGGGAGUCAAUGUUGAUCCCAAAGACCACCGCGAAGCCUCUGAUCCUGUUGGGCGAUGA